UCGAGGCCAUGACGCGCACACAGUACACUUCGCUAUCUUACUGACAACAGUUAAAGUGAACCUGUAGCCAUCGAUUUAUCCCGCAUGUUGCAGCAACAAAACUUUACCUGUGACUUGUGGUAAUGAAGAAUUGGCUGGCCUUACUCCCCUGCACCUAUAUCCAUGGUAAAGACAGACAGGAGCCGGAGUAUGUAAAAGCAAAGAAAGAUAUACUGCGGUUGAAGUUCAACUGGCUGUUUCUAGUCUUGGUCGCUUCAGUGAGGGCUAUCAAUUACACGUGUGUCAUACCCACCAAUCACCAGUUUAUCAUCAACCCCACCACCAAGACUCUCAAUAUUACAAAUGAGAACAUAGAGCCUGGUUUGGAACAGAGUGAAACCUUCUACUCCCUCACCUAUGUUGUGCUGUUAUCUACCUAUACCAUAUCAGCAGUUUGUACUGGACUUCUCUUCAACCACGUACCAACCUGGUACCUGUUCAUGUUCUCCACACUAUCUGAUACUCUGGGCUACCUCCUGUAUGCACUGGCCACUAAUGGCUGGAUGAUGAUACUGGCUCGUGGACUGGCUGGUCUGCAACUGGGUGCUAGUACAUCCCUAGUGUUCGCCUACUGCUCUGUGAGCUUUGAGAAGUACACUGAGAAUCUGAAGAUACUUGGAAAAUAUGAGAAGAAAAAGGCAGAGAGAGUAAAGGGAUAUGUUUUAAGCUUGUUCAUUGUCGGAAAUUCGCUGGGUAUUGCAAUUGGAAUUGGUAAAGUUUAGACCAUGCAUUGAAGCUAGCAAAGCUCUUGUACAGUAAAACCUCCUUGUCACAGGGCACACACAUUAUUCUUUUAUAUGCAUCCUUGACCAAUACUAAUUUGUGAAGGCUUUCUACACCCAUUACAGGUCUAAUACGGCAUUCUUACUGCCUUUGUGAGUGCAUGCCACAGCAUUAGGGUAAGAAUGUUAUUUCCAAUACACUCUUUUCCUAGGUUUCCCAGUAAUCCUGGCACAGUUUCCAAAUACUCCUCAGUUCAGACCACCUGCGUGGUUCUGUGUAGCUGUUGGUGUAGCACUGUUACUGCUACAGUUUCUUCUCUUCCACGGAGAGAGUACCUGGCACUGCUCCAGAGGCCACUCAAAGAAAAUACUGUCUUUUACAGAGCACAUGUCUAAGAAACAUGUUACUUUCUGUCAGGUAUUUGUACCACUCUAUGUGAUAUUUGUUGGAGGGGUGAAAGGAGUACGCUAUGUUUUGCCUGAAGUCUUGGUGAAUCCAAUCCUGAGUGAUUCAUUUGGGUUUUCUGAUGAGAAAACUUCACUAUUUCUCCUUAUCAUGGUCUUCAGUGCUCCUAUUGGAACAACAUUACUUUACACACUUCAGUAUUUCAAGGUGAAAGACUAUGGUCUGACAGUGGUGGGACUGACAUGUACUAUCACAUCACUACUGAUAAUGACAGACUGGCAGGCCAUUGGCAGUGAUCUCUGCACAGAGCACAGUCUGUUCCACCAUCCACAACUGGCCGACCAGUACAGACUAGAGCUAGCAGAGUCUAACAUCUCAGAGUCUGGAAUAGUGAGCGUCCAGAGUCUGCUGGUGGUGGAGGGAGAAGUGUACCAGAUGGCAGUCAACAGGUGUGAGUCUGCAGGGGAACACUGUCACUGGAUACCCAACUCCCUAGUGACUGGCAAACACUGCAGUGACUGCCAGCCAAUCUGUAGGAGCACUAGACACACUCUCAACUUUGUCCAGUUCACUGUUGGUAUUAGUUUCUCUGGCUGCACUGCACCAAUAAUGUACAUUGGGAUAUUCAUGUUGGUGUCAAACUCUGUGAGCAAACAAUUGCAGGGAAUAAGUGCUGGAGUGACUACAGCUCUGAUGGGAGCAGCGAGAAGUGUUGUUCCAUUGAUAAUGGAUGUUGUGUAUGAGCAUGUACAGAAGCGGACCUACCUGGUGAUGCUGAUUCAAGUGGGACUGUUCCUGCCAUUACUGAUUGGAUUGCUCCUCCUCUAUCCCUGGCUGGCAGGCAGUCGCAGGAUUGAUUACUCCCAAGAGAAUCAGGACAAACAGGGGAGUUGGAGAAAAGGCCAAGACCACUUGACUAUAAUAUAUGAAAGGCACUGAAGUCUAACACUUGGCGCAGUUGGCUGAUUAUUUUGUAUACACAUGCUUACAUA